GCAGAGUCCCGCGCCGCGGCGGGUUAGCGCAGUGCGCCAUGGCGGACCCGGAGGUGUGCUGCUUCAUCACCAAAAUCCUGUGCGCCCACGGGGGCCGCAUGGCCCUGGACGCGCUGCUCAAAGAGAUCGCGCUCUCCGAGGGGCAGCUCCGCGAGGUGCUGGAGGCGGCUGGGCCCGACCGCUUCGUGCUGUUGGAGACCGGAGACAGGGAAGGAGUCACCAGGUCCGUGGUGGCCACCACCCGCGCCCGGGUCUGCCGUCGCAAGUUCUGCCAGAGACCCUGCGAAGACCUGCACCUCUGCAAGCUCAACCUGCUGGGUCGGUGCAACUAUUCGCAGUCGGAGCGGAAUUUGUGCAAAUAUUCUCACAACGUUCUUUCAGAAGAGAACUUAAAGGUCUUGAAAAAUCAUGAGCUGUCUGGACUGAACAAAGAGGAAUUAGCCGUGCUCCUCCUCCAAAGUGACCCUUUUUUCAUGCCUGAGAUAUGCAAAAAUUACAAGGGAGAGGGUCGAAGAGUGACUUGUGACAAAUAUCCACAGUGUGAAAGGCUCCACAUCUGUGAGCACUUUACCCGAGGGAACUGUGGUUUUACCAACUGCCUCCGGUCCCAUAACCUGAUGGACAGAAGGGUGCUGGCCAUCAUGAGGGAGCAUGGGCUGAGCUCCAGCGUGGUUCAAAACAUCCAGGACAUCUGCAAUAGCAAGCAUAGCCCGCAGAAACAUGCCGGGCACAGAGCUCCUCCCGCCUAUCGUAGAGAUCCGGCCUACAGAGGUAGAAGCAAGAGCAGAGACCGAUCAUUUCAGGGCAGUACAGAAUUUCUUCCAUCGGCUUCGGGUCCUACUCAAAGGCCCUGCACACCUGGUCCAGAUCAGAUUGGCCACAGGCCUCCCCUGGACGACGUGCCUGUAGAGGACCUGGCCCACAAGUUCGUGCGUUUGGGAAGUCAGGAUGGCCCCCAGCCUUCCCCCGUCCCGCCUAAGGCGGAUAAUCUCAGAGGAAGAGGUCAAGUGGGAGGAAGCCAGCGGUUUUCAGAGAAUGGCGGUCCAGACGAUCUCUUUUAUGGGAAUCAAGGUAGCAUUUACCUCCCUUCUGAUUCAAAGCCUGCUUCUGACCGGAAGGGCCCUGCAUCCUGGCUGAACGGCAAAGGCACUGGUAGGGAGAGUGUGUUUUCCCAGAGUCAAGCCACCCCUGGCUCUCCUAUAGAUCAAACACCCGACACCAUAACCACCAGAAAGAGCAUGGGCGUGCUUUUCUCAGACGGCAUGAACGCCGAGGACAGAAGUGGGAAGCAAAAUGUCCAGUAUGUCCCACUUUUUAAUAAUAACGUUGAUGGAACGGCCGCAGAUACAGCUUCCACAAGAUCUUUCAAUUACAAAACCACAACCAGUAGACAGAGGGAAAAAUCGUUACCUAGGAAUCGGGACACCGGAGCCACUCACAGUAAUCUCCAGACCACUGGCAAGAUUACAGAUGGUGAUGUUCCAACAGUGGGGUCUGUCAACGGUCAAUAUAGAGAGAAGACGGUUUGGGCUAAUAAAUCUGUCCACGGCACACCAAAUGGCGCUAGUCACGUUGCGAAUGAAACCACCGAAGUCAGUACAGUUGGUGCCACUGGGUUUGACUUCACUUUGACGUGUAGAGGGGAUAAAAAUGCGCUGUGCUUUGGAAGUCAGAGUCUGGAACCCCAGGUCCUGCCCACACCUCGGGAGACCGCUGUCCCCACGCCGCAAGUCCGUACUCGGUCCAGGAUGGCACCGUGUACAUCCUCCUCGAGCAGCAGAGCUGCAGCCUAUGCAAGCCGUGGUCAGAACUCCGCCCAAGUCCCGGUUAGCCCUGCCGCUGAGCUUGCAAGGACCCCAAGAUGUGCUCUGUAUUCUGCGUCGGACGUUGAGAGUACCAGCUCUUCCAGGAUGGAUGACUGUGGCUCAGAGGAGAUUUGUCUUGACCAUCUGUGUAGGGGUUGUCAAGUUGAAAGUUGCAACAAAGUUCACUUCCACCUGCCCUACCGGUGGCAGAUGUGGCUUACAAACACCUGGAUGGACCUCCAGCCCAUGGAGAAUAUUGAGAAGGCCUAUUGUGACCCCCAAAUCCACAUCUUUUCUAUCGGAAAUGAAGACAUCGAUUUCCAGAAGAUGACUUGUAAUUUUAAUCCUAUCCGACGCCUCUCCACGCCCUCGUCUGUCACAGCACUGACCAAUUUUGUCUUUGCCACGAAAUGGAUUUGGUACUGGAAGAAUGAAUCGGACAAAUGGGUUGAAUAUGGAGAGGAGGCUGACCGUCAGCAAGUUUCAAGCGUCGACUCCUCCUACCUGGAGUCCUUCUUCCUGUGCCAUCCAAGGGGGAUUGUGCCGUUUCAGGCGGGUUCGCGGAACUACGAGCUGAGUUUUGUGGGCAUGAUUCAAACAAACCUAGCUUCCAGGACCCAAAAAGAUGUUGUCAGAAGGCCAGCAUUUAUGUCUUACAAGGAUGUGCAGCAGAUUAAAAGUGGGUUCAACUGUCAGCCGGCACAGACCCCGUCAGAGCCUUUAACUUCGACAUUGCAUUCUCAGUGGGACUUUGGUUUGAGUGGAUAUAAGUUGUUAGAGAUCGAUAAUCGCUGUCCGGAAUAUUCCAUGAUAAGUGAGUAUUUCAAAGCUUCCAUGAAAAAUUUCAAGAUUGAGAAGAUAAAGAAGAUCAAGAAUACAAAGCUCUUGGAUACUUUUGAAAGGAAAAAAAUGAAGAUGAACAACAGAACGGAGAAAAUCCUAUUUUAUGCAACAAGCCGCAUGCACUUGGAGUCUAUCUGUGAGAAUAAUUUUGACUGGAUCUUACAUGGAACUGGUGGUGAAACCAAAUAUGGAAAAGGAAUUUACUUCACAAAAGAUGCCAUCCAUUCCCAUAAAAAUUGCCAGUGUGAUACCAAAAACAUCGUUAUGUUUGUAGCUCGCGUCCUGGUUGGAGAUUUUACUCAAGGAGAGAUGGGAAACACCAGCCCUCCCCCGCCACCAUAUGACAGCUACGUGGAUAUAAGGUUGAAUCCCUCCGUUUUUGUCAUCUUCGAGAAAGAUCAGAUUUACCCAGAAUAUGUGAUUGAAUAUACUGAACUAGACAAAGCCUGCGUGAUUAGUUAGAAGGGAUGAACACAGCAUCAUAAAGGAGACCAUAACCCUUUUGUUCACUUACAGAGCCAGACUGCCCCAGACAAUACAUUUUUACCUUUCUCAUCUAGUUACCAAAUGCCUUAGAUCAGUGGUUCCUAAACUUUGCUAUACAUUUGAAUCAUCUGGGAAGCUUUUUAACAAGUCCAAUGUUCAGAUUGCACCCCGUGCCAAUUAAAUCACUUUCUGGUGUGAGAGCUGGGCAGUGGUGUUUUUUUAAAUCCCAAAGUAUUCGAUUGGUGUCACAGAGUUUGGAAACCACUGUCUUAGAUAUAACUGGGAAAGACGGGUUUCUAAAACGUCCGUAACUGCAACAAGUUUCUCUCCCAGCUACUCUUCGUUUACUGUAUGACAUGGUUUGGUUUUGGUUAAAUUGAAAGAAAAUUAAUUUGGGCAAUUUGGGAGAAAUCUAAAAAUGCCUAUGGAAGUAAGGACAUAAGACCAUCCCGCCUUGGGUAGACGAUUAUGGAAAGUUGUGUGUGGGGGGUUUUUUAGGAAAAUGUGGGGCUGGGGGAAGAAAAGGUAAUUUAAAUGCCAUUACAGAUGUAACUCUACUAUACCUUCGUGGUAAAACUAAGUUGGGGCACACAUCACUUUAUCUCUGCGUUUAUUUAGGGGACUCCAUUCAGGUUGGUUCUCUGGAACGCAAUGAAAAGAGCCGAAAACUGGGGCUCAGAGAGAAGCAGCCAACUGGAGUUAAUUGCCCCUUUGGGUUCUUUAUAUAAUUAUGGCAGAGUAGACAUUUAUAUUCUAAUAUAUGAUUAUAGAGGUUUUCAGGUUGAACUUUCAUGAAGUGUCUGUAUUGUGGGGGGUCUGAGUUGCAAUAACCAGACUCACAGAAGCAUGACUGAUAAACCUGAGUGCUAUUGUAGUCGUUCGCUGUAGCAGAUGAGGCUCACCGAGGAAUUAGGAGCAAGGCCGUCCCUACUGAAGGCUGGGCCCCUUCAGGAGGCGAGAUUUGUUUCCUGGUGAGCAUGGAAUCAGGACAAAGAGAACAAUGCCUCAAAUAGGUCUUACACCUGCAAGGGGCUUCUUUUUUCUAAAUGUAACGGAUUGUGUGGAAUUGUAGUACAGUCAGUUUUUAGAGCAGUUGAGGUUCCUGGACUAAGAUUUCUUUCCUUGUCAUGAAUCAGGCCUUUCCUUCGAGUGUUCCUUUUCAACAUUCUGUAUCAUUCACCAAAGUUUGCUGUUAUAGCUCCUGCCAGCAGAGAUGUUAUAAAAGUUAAUUAGUAUUAGAGUUGAUUUUAUAUUUGUCAGAUUAUAGAUCAGUACAAACAUCGCCACAACUGCUUGGUUUAAAGCACUUCACCAGUAACAAAUGUAUAGAGAUUUUUUUUAGGGCAGGGUUAUUUUCUGGGAGGCUUGUCACAAAUAGUUACUCUCAUUCGCUUUUUUUUUUUUUUAAAUGGUAGUAUGUUUUGGAGUUUUCAUUCCGUGAUCUUGGUUCUCACGCUUUCAGAGAUGCGAUUUGUCCAACUCUGAUUGCCCAUUAGACAUCUCUAGUUGGGUAUUUCACAGACGCCUCUAAAGCAACAUGUCCCGAAUGGAAUUCUCGAUCUGCCUCCUUCAAACGAAUCACCUUCUCCCCUAGUAUUCUGUAUCCAGAAGUCAUCCUUGACUUCUUCCUCUCCUUCUCCCAAGCUGUUCCCAAGUCCAAUUUUCCUUCUUAAAUAUUUCUUUGUCCCCUCCUGAGUUGUUCUUUACUUAGCAGUAAGAAUGGUCAUAUUUUAACAUUUUUUACAUAAUAAUCCUCAAAAAUACACAUCUGACCAUGCCUUUAGAAUAAAGUUCAACAUCAUUAUUAUGGCCCCACAUGAUUUCUCCCUUCCCUGCCCUCUGUCAUUUAUUUUCUUCUACCCAAGCCACUCUGGCUUACUUUGAAUUCUUUGGUACACCUUUUCCCCUAGCUCAGUGGUUCUCAACGAUCAUGCCUUUUUUUUUUCUUUUGACAACUACAUUGUAACAUCUGCUUUAUUAUCCUCAAAGUGCAAUCCAAUUGUGAUAUACUCUGCCUACAUAUAAUUUCAGAAAUAAAUUUAAAAUUAACAUUAGCAUAAAAGGAAAAUGAAAGGUACAUUACUUGGGCACGACUAUAUUAGAAGACCUAAAUAAGUCGUCAGAUGUUUACACUUACUUAUGAUGAGCAAAUGUACAAGAAGGUAGAAGAUCAAAAUUGACUUUAUACAAAGUAUGAGAAAAAGAAAAAGCAGGGAUAGGAGUGGACCUUAGAAUAAAAACUGGUGAUGCAUAACUUACUUGCAUAUGAUAGUACUUGUAAAAGAAAUAUCGAAAUAGCCUUAGUUGAAAUAAAGGUACUAUGCAAGAAAAUCUACAGACUGUCGACAUGGAGAAAAUGAGGAAAUAUUCUAUUUUUUGCAGACGAGCUGUAGGUCAUACAAGAAUGUCUAGCGAGACAUUCACAAUUCGUGUAGGGUGCAGAAUAGUUUCUUAUUGUGAGGAACUGUCCAAGACAUUGCAAGAUGUUUGGCAUACUUGGCUCUCAUAUACUAAGUGCCAAUAGCACCCUCUCCUUCCCACAGUUACAGGGCGACCAUAAACCCUAUCAGAUCUGUUCACCCUUUCCAGAGCAGUCACAUCUUGUCACAUCCCGUUGGUUGGCCUGAGAGGACUCCUAGGCGAUACAAUCUACUUACACCCAUGAAUUUCUUUAAAAACCCAUUUAACAUCCCAACUCCGUCAUAACAGAGAAACAGAAGGAAAGAAAUUUGUAACGAAAAUAAAAGGAGUUCAGUAUGUAACUACUCAGGCAUACUAUGCUAUCUAUACGACCUCAUGAAGUAGAUAUUUACUCCUACUUACAGUGAAUGGGUUUGAAUUUCAGAGUCGUUCCGAGGCUGCUUCUGAAAAAGAAGCACAGGAAAAUGAAAGAUGAGAGGUCUGGGUGACGCUAGGAUGAAAAUCAGUGUUCGGGUGAGUGAUAACAGACCACUUCUCUGUGUGUGGUAAGGGAAAGAGGGCAAUUGCCUUAACGGGUAUAAGGGUAACAGAUUGUCUGAGAGGGAAAAACGAGUGAUAUUCUCUCCGACGAGCUGUAGGUCCUACAUAAAUGUCCAGCAGGACAUUAAAGAGGCGAAUAGGAUACAGAGUAAUUCUUCGUUGUGUGGGACUAGCCCAAUCACCGCAGGGCAGCAUCUCCCUGGCUGCAUCCACUCAGUGCCAGGAAUAGUUCCCACCGGUUCUGAAGCCAACAACCCAUCCAUUGCCAAAAUACCACAGUGAGAACCACUGACUUAGUUAAUGUCUAACAUCCUCCGAUUCGCUUACUUUUACCUCUCCCUCCGUAAAGAGUCAUCCUGUGGAGUAGAUGAGAUGCUUGUUUCCCCAACCCCCGGUCUUUAAAACACUGUGUGCCUUCCUUUGUUCAUGUUUAGCAUCUGUCCAACUUGCGGUUGGUUGUCUGCUUUCUGCAUUAGAAUGUAAGCUCUUGGAGGGCUGAGUCAACCCGUCUUGUUCACUGUACCAUUCCUGAUACUUAGCUGAGUGUUUGAUACGGGGAUAUCUGGGAUACAUUGUGUUGAAUAAAGUAAGCUCAGCUGUUUACAUUCCAGCCGUUGAGUGUUGAGUUGUAUUUCUUCUUCAAGCGUAAUUCAAAACUAUCCAAUAAAGAAACAUUAAUUUUG